UAUAUAAAGAGAGCAACUUGCCACAUUUCUCACCAUUCAAUACAAAUAUUCUUCUCUUUUCUCUAGCUAUAUAUAAUAAAAAAACCUUUUCUGUUUCCACUCAUUGCAAUUAAUACAAUCAUCAUUCAAGAAACCAUGUCACCAACAAACACUUUCACAAUUUUGGUCAUCUUCUGCUGUGCCAUCUCCUUUGCCUUCGCUUCCGACCCUGACACACUUCAAGACCUUUGUGUGGCUCUUCCCUCUUCGGGUGUGAAGGUGAAUGGAUUUGCCUGCAAGGCAGAGGCAAAUGUGACAGAAGCUGAUUUCUUCUUUGCUGGUUUAGCCAAGCCUGGAGCUACCAACAACACAUUGGGAUCAGUGGUUACUGCAGCCAAUGUGGACAAAAUUCCAGGACUUAACACACUGGGGGUGUCUUUCUCAAGGAUAGACUACAAAGCUGGGGGACUUAACCCUCCUCACACACACCCUCGUGCCACUGAGAUUGUGUUUGUGUUGGAUGGCCAAUUAGAUGUUGGAUUCAUCACCACAUCCAACAAACUCAUCUCAAAGUCCAUUAAGAAGGGUGAAAUCUUUGUGUUCCCAAAAGGGUUGGUGCAUUAUCAGAAGAACAAUGGGGAUAAGCCUGCUUCUGUGCUUUCUGCCUUCAACAGCCAACUUCCUGGCACCUUCUCGAUAGCUGCAGCUCUUUUCACAUCAACACCAACUGUUCCUGAUGGUGUUCUUGCGCAGGCUUUCCAGAUUGAUACUAAACAGGUUGACAACAUUAAGGCCAAGCUUGCUCCUAAGAAGAGUUAAUUUAAGUUGAUUCAGUCUUAUAGUUAAUUAAGCCUACUUUUCCUAUAUUAAUUUUUCUCUAUAAUUCUUCAAGGGUUGUGAUUCAUUGUAUUACUUCCGAUGUUGCAUUUUGCUCAAUGAUGUGGUGUCGAGUAUAAUGAUAUAAUUGUAUGAUGGAUUAUAAUUACAGAGUACUUGUUAAGAAUAAUACAAGUUCUAUGAAGUAGUUGUCUCCUUUUA